GGGUUUCUCACAAACAACAAUCAUGGAGUCUCUGGGAAGAUUAAAGAUUCACCGCCAGCCAUUCUUCACUCACACCUCUUCAUCCUCCUUCCUGGAACAAUCUUCCACCUUGAGACCAUUUAUCCGACCAAACUCCUCUUUCAAAUACCCUUCAAUCAAAGCUUCUUCCUCUUCCAAAUCUCAAAACUUGAUCAUCCCUCUUCAAAAGUCCGCACCUUUCCGCGUCCUCAAGUCCACAUGCAUCACUCUAGCAACCGCCGCUGCUCUCCUUUCCCUCAACCUCCAGCUCAAACCUCCGGCCAUCGCAGCUCCCCUCACGCCUCCUUCGUCAACGGACAGCGACAAACACGUCACCUACGAAGAGCAAGAGAGAGCCCUCGAAGAGCAUUUAGCAACUCACCCAACUGACGUGGACUCUCUUCGCUCCUUGGUGGAGGUAAAAUUCGGAUCUUAUAAGCUCCCAGAAGCUAUACAAGUACUCGACCGUCUGAUAAAACUGGAACCGGACGAACCGAAAUGGCCGGUUCAGAAAGCCAGAUACUUUACUUGCGAUGGAUAUACACAAUCAGCUAAAACCGUACUGGAAGAGGUUCUAGCUAAACACCCUCUUCGCGCUGAAGCUUAUCACGGCUUGGUCGUGGCUUACUCCAAUGCAGGUCUUGAUUGGAGAAAGGUAGAGAGGAGAAUCGAGGAAGCAAUGCUGAGAUGCGAGAGGGAGAACAAGCGCAAGGAGUAUCGUGAGUUUAAGCAUCUCGUGGCUCAGAUUCGUGUGGUUAGAGGGAAACACAGCGAAGCACUGAAGCUUUAUGAAGAGCUUGUCGAAGAUGAACCAAGUGAUUUCUGGCCGUAUUUUUGCCAAGGAGCGAUAUACACUUUGCUGAAGGAGGAAGACAAGGCGGAGGAACAGUAUCUCAAGUUUAAGAGACUUGUACCGGAGAAUUAUAAUUACAUGGAGGAUUUCUUGGUUAAUAAUUUGUUUGCAGGUGAGCUUUUCUAAGAUUAGAGGAUCAGGAGAGUUGUAUGGUGGAUUGUGUUUGAAUGGUGGGAUGGUCUGUAACGUUUUAGCUAUUUGUAUUGAGAUAACAAUAAUGCUUGAGUUAACUAUGAUGAUUUGAUUUGAAUGAUGGAUUUGAUUUGGAUGA